CUUUUCUGGCUGGGAGAAUCAUGAAUGUGUGCGGGGAUCACCUUCUGGUUGCCCUAGACGUGGAGAGGGUCUCUUUGAAACGAACUCUGGAGAGGCUUCCUGCCACACCUCUGGAUGAGGGUGUGUCACCAUGGAGACAAGGCUGCUGCCAUUGGCUGGCGCCGGGGACUGGGGAUAUAAAGGCCGGUUCAGAGAACAGUGCACUAACAGUCUUGACCGGACUCGGACGGUGUCGCCGUGGAGCGGAAAGGGCUGGAUUUCGGCGCGGCCGUCGGUGACACCAUGGAGAACGAGUUCACAUACGAAGAUUAUGAGAGAACCGCCGAGUGGCUUCGCUCUCACACUAAGCAUCGACCUCAAGUGGCAGUGAUCUGUGGUUCCGGCUUAGGAGGGCUGACUUCUAAAUUAACUCAGGCUCAGGUCUUUGAGUACAAAGAGAUACCCAACUUUCCCCAAAGUACAGUGCAAGGUCAUGCGGGUCGACUGGUGUUUGGAUUCCUGAAUGGCAGAUCUUGUGUGAUGAUGCAGGGCCGGUUCCAUAUGUAUGAAGGGUACUCGCUGUCAAAGGUGACAUUCCCAGUGAGAGUUUUCCACCUUCUGGGUGUGGACACUUUGGUGGUCACCAAUGCUGCUGGAGGACUCAACCCCAAUUUUGAAGUUGGAGAUAUCAUGCUGAUCCGUGAUCACAUCAACCUACCUGGUUUCUGUGGUCAGAACCCUCUCCGAGGCCCCAACGAUGAAAGGUUCGGAGUUCGUUUUCCUGCCAUGUCUGAUGCUUAUGACCGGGAUAUGAGACAGAAGGCUUUCAGUGCCUGGAGACAAAUGGGGGAGCAACGAAAACUACAAGAAGGCACCUACGUGAUGUUGGCAGGCCCCAACUUUGAGACUGUGGCAGAGAGUCGUCUGCUGAAGAUGCUGGGAGCGGAUGCUGUUGGCAUGAGCACAGUCCCAGAAGUUAUUGUCGCAAGACACUGUGGGCUCCGUGUCUUUGGUUUCUCACUCAUUACUAACAAGGUUAUCAUGGAUUACGACAACUUGGAGACGGCCAAUCACAAGGAAGUUCUGGAGGCUGGAAAAGCAGCUGCACAGACAUUGGAACGGUUUGUCUCCAUUCUUAUGGAGAGUGUCCCACUCCCUGAGCAUGACAAGUGACUGGCCAUGGAGUGCCCCAGUGCUCCCCUGGUGGAGUCCAAGUAGCUGUCUACUUUGGUCCCUUGCUGAGGUCACUAGACCUUGUUCUUAGAUUCUAACAGAAAGGAAAGAGGAGGAUACUUACCCUUCACCUUCGUGAUGUUCUACUGUUCUGAUGCCUGGUCCUCUUGCUUAGUUGCCUUCUCAAAUUAGCUUUCAUUCCUCUGGAAGAGCUGGAGUCCAUUCCUACCAUGCUUGGGAUAUAUGCCUUCAAACAGUACCUUUUACAUCUUGGAGAUGACAGACAUGUUCUGAGCUCAGUUUGCUUCCCUUGAAGCCCUAGAGACCAAAGACCAACCCAAUAAAUACCUCUUUCUUGUAUUUUAUUUAGUAUCAUAAUAUUUUGAGAAUAAAGAGAUCAAGUACUUUC